CUUUAUUUAUUGCAUUCAGAACAAAAUCUCUCGUCAGUGUUGCAAAAUUGUGGUUACUAUCAAGUACUUUUAUCAUCACUCCUCUAAGAAACCAAGAACAUAAUGAUUUCGAAUGUUAUUUUAAUUCUUUUGUCAAUAAUAAUAGUGAAAUUAGUGAGUGAUAUUUUUAAAAUAAUCAAAAAACAAACUUAUUUUAAAACAAAUGGUAUACCACACGAUGCGGCAAUACCUAUUUUUGGUAAUAUGUUAUCAGUAAUAACACGUAAAAAGAAUAUUGGUGAUAUUGUUAAAAAAUUAUAUAACACACAUAAAAAUGCAAAAUACUUUGGAUUUUAUGAUUUUACAAAUCCAGUUAUUGUAAUACGUGAUAUUGAAUUAGUGAAAUCAAUAGCUGUUAAAAAUUUUGAAAGUUUUCCCGAUCAUGGAUUACUUGGACCCGAACCACGUGAUCAAUUAUUUGCAAGAAAUUUAUUUAAUUUAAAAGGUGAACGAUGGCACGAUGUUAGAACAUUAUUAAGUCCUGCAUUUACAUCAAGUAAAAUGAAAAUACUAUAUAAACUUAUUUCCGAUAGUACUAUUAAUUUUGUUGAAUGUUUAUUACAAGAUGAGAAAGGUAAUAAAAUGAGAGAAAUGAAAGAGGUAUUUACACGAUGUACUAAUGAUGUAAUAGCAACAUGUGCUUUUGGAAUAAAUAUUAAUACAAUGGAGAAUCCUAAAAAUGAUUUUUAUCUAUUAGGUAAAGAAGCAACAAAUUUUGAAUCAAUGACAUUGAAAAUUUUUCUAAUGCGUGAAUUUCCAUUGAUUGCAAAAAUUUUUAAUGCUAAAUUAUUAAGAACUGAGGUUAAUAAUUUUUUUAAUGAAACCAUUAGAACAACAAUUAAAAUGCGUGAUACAAUGGGAACAACACGACCUGAUAUGUUACAACUUUUAAUGGAUACUAGAGGUAAAGAUAAAAAAGUUGAUCUUACACCUGAAGAAAUAACAGCACAAGCUUUUGUAUUUUAUUUUGCUGGUUUUGAUACAAUAUCAACAACCAUGUCAUUUGUUGCAUAUGAACUUGCAAUUAAUCCUGAUGUACAAUUACGAUUACAAGAUGAAAUUGAUACAGUUUUACGUGAUUCAAAUGGUGAACCAUCAUUUGAGACAAUUAAAGGAAUGGAAUAUUUAGAUGCAGUACUUAAUGAAACAAUGAGAAAAUAUCCAGUUUUUGCCGCAUUGGAUAGAGUAUGCUCGAGGGAAUUUAAUUUACCGCCAGCUGUACCGGAUGCUAAAUCAAUUGUCGUGAAACCUGGUAUGGUGAUUUGGAUUCCCGUUAUUGGUUAUCAUUAUGAUCCAUUAUAUUAUGAGGAGCCGGAGAAAUUUAAUCCUGAUCGUUUUUUAAAAAAUGGCACCGCCAGCAAUAAGGCAACAACAUUUAUGUCAUUUGGUAUUGGUCCAAGACAAUGUAUUGGAAAUAGAUUUGCAUUAAUGGAAAUAAAGACAGUAUUCUUUCAUUUAUUGGCUAGAUGUAACAUUAGAGUUUGUUCAAAAACAAAUGUACCAUUGGAAUUAAGUAAAAAAUCAAUUGGAUUUGCUGCUAAAGAUGGUUAUUGGGUGAAAUUAGAGAAAAGGGAUAAAAAUUUUUUGUAAUAACAAAUAAAUUUCUUUAACGUUAUUGAUGAUGUAACUUUUAGAAAAUACGAAUUAUAAAUAAAUUAUUCUGAAUAGUAA